AUGAUUAAUCAUAAUAAAAUAGUUGAAGACUUAUCUGAUGUCAACAAAAUUAAAAUAAAUUCUUCAUUAUGUUAUAAAUGUAAAAAGAAUAAUGCUGUAGUUCAUACAAGAGAAAAAUCUUGUAAGGAUUGUUUUAUAAAACUUGUAGAAUAUACAUUUAAAAAUACUUUAAGAGAAAAAUGUUUAUUUAAAAGUAAAACCAACAAUAAUUUUUUUUAUGGAAACAAAAUUUUGCAAAAAGAUAUAGAAGGUAAAAAAAAAGAUAGGAUAAUGAUAAAUACAAUAGAAAAUUGUUCUGAAAAAGAAAAUGAAAAAGACCUGUAUGAAAAGAAAGAUAUAAUUAGUGUUAAUAAGCAGAAAAAAAAUACAGCUUUAGCUUUUUCUGGAGAAAUAUGUUCAUGUUUUCUUCUAUUCUUAUUAGUAAAAUAUUUAAAAAAUUUCAAAAACAGAAAAAGCGAUUUGUUUUUAAUGAAUGAACAUUCAAUUUUUAGUGAAAUAAUUUUUGUUGAUAUUUACGAAGAUAAAAAAUAUAUUUAUGAUUUGAUUUAUACAAUUGAAAAAAUAUUUGAAAUGUUAGAGGAGAACGAUUUAAAAAGUGAUACAAAUAAAAAUGAAAAAAAAGAAAAUUUUAUAAAUUAUGAAAAAGAAAAAAAUAUUUUCUUGAAUAAUGAUAAUCUCUUAUUUAACAAUGGAGUAUUUAAAAAAAAAAUAAAUAAAGUUUAUUUUAUAGUAUUAAAAAGUAAUUAUUUUAUAAAUGAUAAUUAUAAAGAUCAAUUUACAAUGAAUUAUGAUAAAAUAAAAAAAGAGAAAAAUUAUUAUUUGAAUUAUAUAAAUGAAAUAAUAAUUUAUAAUAAUAUUAUUAAAUAUUGCCUAAAUCAAAAUAUUAAAUAUGUUCUUUUUGGGAACAAUGCAAAUAAUAUUUCGAAUAAAUCCCUUUUAUAUACUAUAUUAGGAAAUGGAAUAAACUUACCAUUAUGUACUUCUUAUAUUGACAAUAGAUAUAGUGACAUCAAUUUUAUUAAACCAUUAAAAGACUUAUUAAAUAAAGAAAUAUAUGUAUAUUGCUUUUAUAAAAAUAUUCAUUAUUUAAAUAAUAGAACAUUUGAGGGAAAUUUAUUAUAUAAAUAUAUAAAUGAUAUGUUUUCUAAUUUAAAUUUUAAUAAUAAUACUACAUUAAUAACUAAUAAUACUGUAAAUAAUUUAAUUAAUUUGUUAAAUUACUUCAAUAAUGAUAAAAAUAAUAAUGCCAAUAUUUUAAACAUAAAAUAUUCUAAUGAUUUUGAAGAAUUUUCAGGUGAUAUUAACAAAACUUUGGAAAAUUACAAUUUCACUUGUUGCUAUAUUUGUCUAGGAAAAAAAGAAACACUAGAAGAAAAAAACUUCAUAAAAAAAAUGGACAAAAUUCAAUUAACAAAUAUAAAAAAAAUGAAGCAUACUAAUUUAAUAUGCUCCACUUGUUUAAGUAUAUUUUCAUCUAAUUUUAAUUAUGUAAAUCUUUAUAAUACUAUUUUUCACUUUUAA